ACAGCUUAAUGUUUCAUUACUCACAUCCUCAUCAUAGUUAGUGAUCAAACAGCGCCAGAACUUUUCCCUCUCCAGGUUUGCUUUUCGUGCGUUUUGUCUCUAAAGAACUUGAAAUAUCCGGCGACACGUGACUCCAGACGAGAGUGAAGUUCUCAUGAAGUUCUCUCACGCGCUCUGAGUUGAGAACGUUCAUCUCCAGAUCUCCUGAAGACCGUCACAGCAUGAAACCUCUGGUCCAUUGGUAUUUUUGCCUGAAGCAGAACUGAAGGAAAUGAAUGAGAAAGGCUGCAACCUCCUGGUCUCUCCCACCAGCAUGCCAAAGUCUCUGGGUGCCAUAACUGGGCAGCAGGUACCUCACAUCCGAGUGCAUGCUGGUAGUUCCCGCUCUUGCUCACAUCCUGGCAGUGGAAUGGACACUGGAGCUGUAGCUCCUGGGAGUACGGUACUUCUACCUGCUCUGAGCCUGCGCAGGCAAGUGCUGACCAAUGGGAAGCAUCAUGGCACCUUCAGCAUCCCGCAAUCUUCGUGGCAACAGGUGUCUUCACUUCCUGUCCCACCUGGCAGUUCCAAUACAGCGAGAUUAAAUGGCUCACAGAGUGGUGUCAGAGGUUCUCACACAUUGGGGCCCAACAGAAAGCUGUUGGGCGAGUAUGGCAGAUCAAACCUGCAAGUGACAAGCAGUGCUAUGGUUGUACAGAGCGUGAGUCCAGUGUCCACUAUCCAAAGCUCUGCUUCGCACUGCCCUCCUUCCUCUCUGGGCCUUUUUGUGCCCUUCACAGAUGCCAGGUCGGUGUUGUCCAGAGAGUCCCUGGCUUCCACUACACUCAGCAUCGCAGAGAGCCAGUCUAUACGCAGCAGCAAGUUGGACUGGCCCUAUGGCUAUCGUGUGCUGCCACCAUUAGGUCAGCAGAGCAGCUUUAGCCAGACAGCUGAAGGUCCAGAACCUCUGAACCUCCCACCAGGUACUGCCAUGUCCGGAGCCACCAGUAGCUCCAAUCCAACUUCACUUCCUGCGUACCUGUUUAAGGAAGACUUCAACAGCCCCCAUCAAGCCAGCCGUUCCAAAAAAAGAGCCCUCUCUAUCUCACCUCUAUCUGAUGGCAUUGGCAUCGACUUAAACUCCAUUAUUCGGACAUCACCGACCUCUUUGGUGGCAUACAUAAUUGGUUCCCAAAGUUCUCCAUCCUCACAGCAUACUCCCUCACCACUGCAGUCUGACGUAUGUGGGCAUCUCUUGGGAGUCCGGGGAAGCUGUAUCCCCAAUCCCAACUUUGGUUACCACGGUCCCAAAGCCAGUUCCACUCUUGGUCAGACCUUUAUACGCAACCACCAUUCUGAAAGGGUGAGUCUCUGCAUGCAGAGGAUAGAAGAACAGGGUACACGUGACAGCCACAUGGGAGGAACUAAUCUCGUAGUGGAGCAUCAGCUUCUGCCAGGACAGGAAAUUCUGAUAAGCAACAUUUCAGAAGGAGAUAAUGAUCCUCAUAACAGUCUGGAAAGAACUACACACUUUCAAGUGGAAAUUUCAGCCAUUGUUAGGUCCCCAAGCCCACCUAUGGGACCUCCACCACCCUAUCACUCCCACCAUGAACGCCGACUACCAGGUGGCCACCUGGGGUGUGCUCAGAAUCCCGCAGACUCACGCUCUAUACCUCCUACAGACAAACCUGGUGUUCUGCCCUCGGCUCUGUGCCCAAUGUUAGAGGAGGAAGACGGGGAGCUUGAUGAUUUUAAUGGGGUACACUCUUGCCGUUGGCUGGAUUGUAAUGCCACAUACAGUCACCAAGAGGAGCUGGUCAAGCACAUCGAGAAACUACAUAUCGAUCAGCGCAAAGGCGAGGACUUCAUCUGCUUCUGGGCAGGGUGUCCACGCAGACACAAGCCUUUCAAUGCGCGUUACAAACUCCUAAUCCACAUGCGGGUUCAUUCGGGGGAGAAACCUAACAGCUGUACGUUUGAAGGCUGCCAGAAGGCGUUUUCUCGCCUAGAGAACCUCAAAAUCCACCUACGGAGCCACACAGGAGAGAAACCGUACACAUGUCAGCACCCCGGCUGUCAGAAAGCCUUCAGCAACUCCAGCGACCGCGCCAAGCACCAGCGCACGCAUGUCGACAUGAAACCUUACGCGUGUCAGAUUCAAGGCUGCCAAAAACGCUACACCGAUCCCAGCUCUUUACGAAAGCACGUCAAAUCACACUCCACCAAGGAGCAGCAGGCCAGGAAGAAGCUGAGAGCUAGCACUGAGGUCUACCGGGAUGGACUUUCUGAAUGUUUAACUAUCCAGCCUCUGCAGCACAACCUGUCACCGUUGGAGCUGACUGAGAGCCGUUCUCCUUGUCUUCCUGCUGACAUGUACACAGGUGUGUUCUCUCUCAACCAGUCCAGCCAGGUGACUCCUGGUCAGGUUCAGCAUUCCGCCUGUGGCUCUCAUGUCCCAUUGUCUGCACUACCGCCAUCGAACAGCAGGUUUGAUGCUCCUGUGACACAGCAUCCGACCCACCAGGCCACACCUUCAGUUCCUCAUUCGCACCACCACAUGGUGGCAGCACAAAUAAACAGCCGACUUCCAGGAUACCCGGAGCACACCGCAGCAUCCCUCCCUCCUCCUCAGGACAGUUUCCCGAGUCAUGCCCAGACAGUGUGCUCGCCUUCAUACACUGAGUCGGCGCGGACAGGAAAGCAGAUCUCUGCCUGUUCCAUGAUGCAGAUCCCCGUGUUCGAGGACAGUCUGGGUUCCUCGUGCGCAGCUCAACAGGAACCUGAGCUUAUCCACCGAGCUCUGUCGAGCAUCGGAGAGUUUGAUCCACAGGGCAGAUCUGAGGAUUCUUUAGGUGAUCCGGAGCAUUCCGUGUCAGAUGAUAACUACCUUCACAUACGUGCACAUCACAUGGACCGACGCCCUAGCCAGCUCUCAUGCGUCUACACGGAGGGGUGAUAGACGGCCAACUUUGAUCAUACGUACUGUAUAUCUACUCGCUGACGUUUUUGUAGUCUUUGAGUCAUGGGAUAAAAAAAAAAAAAGAACAAUUUUUUUUUUUUUUUUUUUUUUUACAUGAAUGUAUCUGAAGUCUCAUAACCGAAUGAAGUGAAUUGCAGGCUUCUGUUCGGGAUUUUGUUUUUAUAUAUUGUAACUUUUGAAAUUGUUAUAUACAUAUUUUUGUUUUAUCUAAAUUCUCAGUCCUGUGAAAGAAAACUCGUGAAAUUUGUGAAAACCUACGAGGACACUGGAAAAAAAUGGACACCGAGCUAACGAUUUAUUCACUGAGACUAGCAGCAUAGCUAGCUAGUGAACAUGUACACAUUGUCUUUUAUACGGAUAUUAUAAAGGGUAGUGACCAUGAAAACUGUUUCGGAAGAUCAACAUUUCCCUCCGAUUUGUUGGUGAAUUAAACAGAAGAGGCUUCUCGGUGACUAAAACGACACUAAUUACACUAAGCAUCAACUGCUAACCGAACGGCCGCCAGUUGCUCUCACAAAAUGUAAACAUUUAGUCACGAAUACCACGGGAGCAGUCUGUUUAAAAACAUGGUAAACACGACCUCGUUUGAAUGUAAAAUUCAUCCAGUUAUCUUUGAAAAAUAAGGUAUUUCUUGUGUGGAAAUGUAUAUAAACAACAAAACCGUCUCAGACAUGAUCUAUUGCAUCAAGCACUAAUCAGUUACAUAAUGAAGGCUUUAAAUAUCACCAUUCUGUUUCUUUAAAGCUGCAAUCAUGACAGUACUAGUGCUUUUUUAUUUCUUUCUCAAACACUGAGGUUAAGGGCAAGUGGUUCAGUGAAACGACGCCGAGAAAACCGUAAAUGCAAACGUCAACGGUGACAAAAUGAAAUUGAGUUUAAAAGCUCUAAUUACAAUGUUUUGCAUAACCGGCAGCAUUAGAGUCAAAACCUUCAUUAUCUUGGCUCGGAGUGUGGUAUAUCGGUUGCAUCUUAGGGGGGGAAAAAAAAGGUGUAAUCAUGAAGAACAU